CGCGCCUGUCCCGCGGAUCGAGUUCUCCGCUUACAAAUAUAGCCGGUGAGCCACAGGCCGAGCGGGCGGCGCCUUCCGCGGGGUCCGGUGCGGUGUAGACGGUUCCGACCCGCAUCGGGCCGUGGCCGGGCCAGCCCACAGCUCGGGGAGGUGAUUUCAUGCUUCCAGCAUGGGGCACAAGGUGGUGGUGUUCGACAUCUCUGUUGUCAGAGCCCUGUGGGAAACACGAGUCAAGAAGCACAAAGCCCGGCAGAGGAAGGAGGCGGAGCGGCUGGAGCAGAGUGCACUGGAAAAGAUAAAGGAGGAGUGGAGCUUUGCGGCGGAGUGCCAGAGGAAGGGCAUCCCCCAGGCCCAGUACUGCAAGAAUGGCUUCGUGGACACCAGCGCCAGGCUUCUGGACAAGAUGGAGCAGGGCUCCCUGGCCAGACGGAGCUCGUGUGCUAAGGACGGGGCCCGUCGCAGCAGCCGGUUCGUGUUUGAGCUCUGCGGUGAGCACUGGAAGGAGCUUCCCGAUACGUUGCAGGAGCAGACGCACCUGAAAGAAUGGCACAUAAGCAACACGCUGAUUCAAAGCAUUCCUACAUACAUUGAGCUGUUUCAAGCAAUGAGAAUUCUGGAUCUGCCCCAAAACCAAAUCUCACACCUUCCAGCUGAAAUUGGUCGGCUGAAGAACCUGAAAGAGCUUAAUGUGAGUUUCAACCACCUGACGAGCGUUCCUGCAGCGCUGGGGGACUGUGUGGGCCUGGAGAGGCUGGACUUCUCCGGGAACCUGGAGCUGACGGAGCUCCCCUUCGAAUUAAGUAAUUUGAAGCAAGUUACAUUCGUAGAUAUCUCGGCGAACAAGUUUGCCAGCGUCCCGAUCUGUGUCCUGCGCAUGCCCAGUCUGCAGUGGCUGGACGUCAGCAGCAACCGCCUGAGCGACCUACCGCAGGACAUGGACAGGCUAGAAGAGCUCCAGACUUUCCUUUUGUAUAGAAACAAGCUGACCUACCUUCCUCAGGCCCUGCUCAACCUCAAGAAGCUCACCUUGCUGGUGGUCAGUGGUGACCAUUUGGUGGAGUUCCCAAGUGCCCUCUGUGACGAGUCCUCACCUUUAAAGUUUGUCAGCCUGAUGGACAACCCCCUCGCCAAGACCGGAUGCGAGCAGGGCCAGGAAAGCUCUGAGAGUGAACAGGACCGCCGGCAUUUCGAUAAGGAAUUUAUGAAGGCCUACAUUGAAGACCUCAAAGAAAGAGAAUCUGUUCCCAGCUACACCACCAAGGUAUCCUUUAGCCUUCAGCUUUGACGUCACCCACCGGAAGACUGCAAAACCUCACCGCCCUGUGGAGCUUGCAGUCCUUGUGUGUGGAUGGUGUCAUUCAGGAACUGUGACAUGCUUCACCUCAAAGCCUAGGAACUUUCAAGCGGAGUGUGGUGGCCCACUCCCAUGAUCCCAGCACUCGAGAGGCUGAGGCAGGAGGAUCAAUGUGAGUUCGAGGCCAGCCUGGGCAACAUAGUGAGUUCGGGGCCAGCCUGCCCUACAGAGUGAGACCCUGUUUCAAACACCAAAGGAAAAAAUUUCAAAUUUGUUGUCUUCUGUGGGCUUGAGAAUUGAUAGAUUAAAUGUUAAUAUUUACAUGCUCACUUACAUAUUCUUGUUUCCAAAGAAUGUAAUUUAACAUUUUAAUGUUUUAUAGAAUGCAUUCUUUUUAAAAAUCACAACUUAACGGGCAGGGGAUUUAGCUUAGUGGUUCCGCUGCCUGCCUUCCAAGAACAAGGUCCUGAGUUCGAUCCCCAGUACCAAAAAAAAAUCCAAAACCUCAUGGAGAGAAAAAUUACAACUUAAUGACCAAAUUCUGAGAUAUUUUCAGGAAUCGACGGCUAAGGGGCUAUGGAAAGACCGCGUCUGGCGGACUGUCCAGGGGAGGGUUUUGUUGUUCUUAGGAAAGUGCUUUAAAGCGUUCUUUCUCUGACUGAGAAUAUCGUUCCUUGGGUUUGUGCAGACUGCUGUCUGCAGAUAUUUUAAAUUACACUUUGGCAAGUGUUUUAAAUUCUAGUCUCUGGCUCUUAGGAGAGACUUCAGGAAUGAUUUAGGCCUGGUGGGUGGAAGAAGGGACUGGGAGGUCACCAUGUGUGGGGCCGAGAUGCUCAGGUGGCCUUCAUGGCCCCAGGAAAGGAUGGUGACCCGGCCAGGCCCGGGAGUACUGAGUGCUCCUGUGGACGCCAUCCCGCCCUGGCCCACUGUGGGGGCUGGGACUCCCUCAGGGUGAGUGUGGGCCGUGUCCUCAGAGCUGUGUCAUCCACAGUGGCCAUGUAGAGCAGGAGAAACGGAAAUGAGCAGACCACCCCAACGGGUCCCCAGCACAGCGUCCUAGGUGUGCUGCAGGGCAGCUGUACCUACGGUCAGCAGGGCUGAAGGUGGGCCCGUCAUGGGCCUUGGACUCUUCCAGCCCAGUGUAAAGUUUAUUUUUAUACUGGUGUCUUGGGCUGAGAGAAACAGGAAGUGGCUGAUUGACUUGUGAAGGGUACGUCAGUAGCUUUGGGGAUUAAGAAGGAAAAUCCAGGGCCGGGGAUUUAGCUCAGUGGUUCUGGCAGCUGCCUCGAAAGCGCAAGGACCCAAAUUCGAUCCCUGGUACCAAAAAGAAAAAAAAAAAAGAAGGAAAAUCCACAUGUUGUCAGCUGUAAGGCCUGGCCCAGUGCCAUCCAAGAGGGCUUCAUGCAGGGACGAAAGGUGGCCCAGGGUUCCCAAGCCCUAUACCAGUGACUGCUGCCACCCAGCAGCUAAGUCUGAAGUGGAAUUUACUAAAACAGCUGCCAUGGUGGACAGCCAUGCAUAGCCAGUGUGAGCCUUUGGAAGUUUAUCUGGGGUGGAAAUAAAGGGCGAUUUUUAUUUUUUGGUACUGGAAGAGCACACCUGUUCUAGGAGGCAUGCAUUUAGAAGGCAGUUCGUGGUAUUCAGUCCAUGUGAAUAGUUUGGAUUCCUCCAGAUAUUUUGCUAUCCACAGCUGCAAAAUAAGCAGAGCAAUGGGAAGCCACACAGCAGUGAGUGAUAAGGGAGACAAACUCUGAGAAGCAGGUUAAAGAUAAAAAGAGCACAAAAAUGAGAACUCACUUUAAAUAAGCCUUAGACAAUUAUAUUUUUCUUCUUAACAUUUAAAAAAGUAACAUUCAAAUUUAUUAGUUGUACUAUAUGGAGGAUUUUGGAAUCUUGUUUCCCAUCAAAGUACACAUUAAAUAUAACCAAAUGGAAACUAUGUAUAAAAAGGUGGGAAAUGGGAGCUUUCACGCAAUUAGAUUGUCUGUAAUUUUACAAAUGUUAUUUCAAUAAAACCAGUCUUUUCUGUAAAAACCUUGUCUCAGAGUCACAUAUAAAUAAAA